AUGACGGUCUGGAGUUUCGUGGAUGACAUCGUCAAGUUGCAAUACCCCGAUGCAGUCCAACUAAUCAAGCGGGAGAAUGCAUUCUCGGCAAGCAAAAGUAUCCAGUCUCGAUUCAACGAGACCGUGUAUUGGGGAAUCAUCAAGAAAGGCGCUGAGCUUCUUGACCCAAAGGAUUUGCCAAUCUCCAAAGGCCCUCUUGAUGAAUUCAUGAUGGCCGAGAAGGUCGCCACCGAGCGCUUCAUGAGGGAAGCGGGUUAUGGACUUAGCCUCGCUAAUCAACGUCAGUGCCGUCUUUUCUGGAAACGACUAUUCGAGAUGCGCAACGCAGGUGUUUACAAAAUCCUCUUGUAUCGCACAAAGGAAUUCGACCGCUUCUGUAAAAGCUACUCAUCAGAAGCUGGGGCUUAUUUGGUAGGGAUGGUCCGGGACUGGGAAGAAAAGUAUGGCUUCCAUAUCAAACAGCUGGAAGAGCGUGUGGCCGAGGAGAGCAAGGGCGAUCUCACAGGAAGACUAUGGCUGAGCCAGCCGCUUAUAGCGGACAGAUUAAGUGUUCCUGAAGUUGCGUGGAACAGCGCUAUCAACCCAUGGUCCUCCAGCGUAGAGGAAACAGUCUUCCAACUGAGCGGAUCACACGAGCCGUCAGCUGUACCGCUCGGUGGGUUCUUUGACCUGCAGCUAAAGGUAGAAACAACGCGAAACAAGUCUAUUUUUGUUACCCUUCAACCCAAAGAUGAUGUAUUUCUCAAAGUUUGUCCCAUAAUUUCAGUUCAGGAAGGAGAUACCCUCGGGGUAUUUGCUGGAGUGAUUCGGUACUCUUCAGAAUAUAGCGUUGUCUACGGUAUACCUGGUCCUGAAGAAAAUCUCUGGCUGGAUUACUCCACAGUGACUGGGGUACUAAACUUCAUGAGGGUAUCAGCUCCUGGGGGUGACUCCAAUGUUCGUCCUCAUUGGGAGCUCAUCGAUGGACGGAGCGAAGGACAAGUGCAUCUCAUGUGGAGAGUCUCGGUUGUUGCUCUUCGGGCAAUCCAAUCAUUCGAGGAAAUUGUUCGCGCUGCCCCUCAAAAGGAACAAUAUCUCUUGCACCAGUCGCCAGCUUGCGCAAAGCGAGGAUAUACGAAAUAUCGAAGUUUCUGA